CAGCGCAAAAGCCACGCCCCUCCGACCCGUGUUCCAAUCAGUGUUGUGUCCGGGAGGAUGAGGCAGUGACAAGCGGAGUGUUAGUAUCGGGCACCGGGAAACAGCCGCUGUAUGACGGCUCACAGCAGGUAGCAUCAUGGGAUGUAGCAGUCAAUCAAUGGCUUGGAAGCAGGUGGGCCAUCCCCAAUAAUCUUGGUUUAUAACCUCUGCUGGACAGAGAUAAGCCAGAUUAAGCUGAAGGAGUGAAUUGACCUCAGGCACAAUGGAGGAAAAGGGGACAGAAUGGCUUGUAUUCGCUGUACAUAGGCUUGUCUCAUGGGGAGCAUCAGCCGCCAUGAUAUUUGGAGGAGUUGUGCCAUAUAUACCACAGUACAGAGACAUUAGAAGAACCCAAAACGCAGAUGGUUUCUCAGUUUAUGUUUGUCUCAUGCUGUUGGUAGCGAAUAUAUUGAGAAUCUUAUUUUGGUUUGGGCGUCAUUUUGAGUCCCCUCUCCUUUGGCAGAGUAUCAUUAUGAUUGUUACUAUGCUGCUGAUGCUGAAACUGUGCACAGAGGUCCGUGUGGCAAAUGAUUUGAACACAAAGCGUCGCUUAUUUUCAGCAUUAGAUAGUAAAGAUGAAGAACUCAAAACCCAUCCCAAGAGAUGCUUUCUGGACUUCGAUAUGAACUACUUCUGGCACUGGAGCAGAUUUACAGACUAUAUGCAGUGUGUGCUGGCAUUUACUGCAGUGACUGGUUACAUCACCUAUCUAUCGCUGGACUCUGUGCUCUAUGUAGAAACCCUGGGCUUUCUUGCAGUGUUUACUGAGGCAAUGCUGGGAGUUCCUCAGCUCUAUAGGAAUCGUCAGAAUAACUCAACUGAAGGAAUGAGCAUCAAAAUGGUACUGAUGUGGACGAGUGGAGAUACCUUUAAGACUGCUUACUUUAUUCUCAACCAAGCUCCCUUCCAGUUCACUAUCUGUGGCCUCCUGCAGGUUCUUGUGGACGUUGCCAUUUUGUUGCAAGUGUACAUAUACAGCGUAUACCCUCAGAAGCCAGUGUCACACACCACACAUGCUACCAGUGCCAAAGCUCUGUGAUGAAGAAAACAUGUACUGUCUGAUCAUGUGCUUCCCAAUUCUAGAACUGCUUUUGCACCAACAUUGCACAUGUUUGUAUCUUGGAAGCUCUUUAACCAGCGUUUAAACCUUUUCAGUGUUUUUGUUUCCAAAGAUUUUGCACAAUGCUGUUACUGUCGGCUUUCAUGCUUUUGUAAAGUUGUUGUCCUCAAGUCUAAAUGAAUUUAUCACCAAACACUGGUUUGAAAUCUGAAAUAUGUGCUCCCAUGUAUGCAUGAGUAUACUUUUGAAUGCAGAGUCUAUAGACCUAUAAUAGGAUAUCUGUGUCAGAAUUAUGUAUUAGCAGUGUUAGGCUAGGCCAGCAGGCAGACUUUGCCAAUCCUUUUAACAACAUUGUGUUUUGCAUUCAUGGGCAUCUAAAACAUUGAGGUAGUCAGUGCUUCUGCUAAAGGGAUCCACAGGGCAGGGGAGAGGAAACCAGACUCUGGAAAUCUUCCAUCAGUUCCCUAUCCUACAAAGGACGAAUAGUCGGGUGAGUGGACAAACAUUGGACACUCUUAACUUAAUAUGGGGGCAAGUGAUGAAUUAUAUGAGCCAACACUUGAAAGGGUCCACUCUGUAGGACUCUUUGUUCUCUAUGUACGCCCCUGUUUGUCAGAUUGAAGAAAUAACCUACCAAUCAUAUCUGUGUUGUUGAAAAAUACAUCAAAAUCUGUUUGAAAUAAAUGCUUUAUAGCCUUGCUCAUGGGACGAAUUGGCAAACAACUACAAAUGCUGUUGUCUAUGUAACCCUAUGCCAAACAUUUGCGCUUCCUGUCCAGGUAGCCUGGAACACUGUGCUAUGCAAUGUAUUUUACAGCGAUUGAGCUAAUACUCUGUAUAAAUAUCAGAUCACCAGUACGCCACUUGUUUCAGUACAACUCAAUAAGGUAGUAUUUCUUGCACUGCAUGCUAUAAUGUUAAAAUGUGGGAAUAAGUUAUAAGUGCUUGGAUGUAUUUGCAUUGAAUUUGGACCAUCAUUGUACAAAUAUUAAGGAAACACAUUUAAAAAUAGAGCUUUCCAAAUUUAUAUAGCAGUUUUACAUGUGCUUAGGCGGUCUUCAAGUGAGUCACCACACUGUAACAGCAUUCCAGUUAUGGGUGGCAUGUUUACCAUUGUCUAUGGUCAAGGCCUUCACAUGAAUGUUACUGUACCCACGUGAUGGUUUUUACUUGUAUGCAUAAGUUACAUUCUACUCUUAAUAUUCAGUAUAACCAUUGUUACAAUGCCUUGCCAGACCACAAAGAAUGUCUAUAAUUCAUUUUUUUUUUUUUUUAACGGUACUCAAUUUCUACUUGAGUUUUUUCUUUUUUUUCUUUGUGGGUUUUUUCUUCAUCAAAUGUAUUAUUUUAAUGGGACACUGUUAAAAUAUAUUUAGAUAUAUAUAUUUAUGAAAGCAGACUGGUAUGGCUACAAGGGCUCUGGUGUCUGUUAUUACCAGAACCAUGAUUAUGACAGUUGCGUAAUGUAGUGACUUAUAGCUAUGCAGUUCUGUUGUUGAGAAGAAUAGAUUCCUAAACGAACAGACCUUACAGCUGUGUCCGCAUAGCCUAAGAUUUAUGCUUUUAUAUUACAUACCUUAUGCAUCACAUAUUUUAUUCUUUAAAAUGGUGUAAAAAUUUGUAUCAAUCUGUACAAACCUGAUGACUUGAUUAAAAUAUCAGUUUUAUGGGAACAGGUGUCAUUUUUGUGAUAAAUUAGCAAUAAAAAUGUAGGAAUCUACUAUAUUUCACUGUACAUUAUG